AUGAUUAAUGAAAUUGAACAAUGCUUUUCAUCUUAAGAAGCUUAUGCAAAAAUAAAAAAGUAUAAAGAUACUUUCCGUGAAUAACAAAGGUUUUGUUUAUUUUUAUUUUAGUUAAAUGUCUCCAAUUAUUUGUGAGGCAAUUUGUGCAACAAUGACUGAAGGCACUCCAAUGAGUAAAUUAUUAGCCUUGAGAGUAAAAUAUUAUCAUCUAAUUCUAGCUAUGUAAGGAAUUGAUGGACUUAAAAUCAGAUCCAUUUACCAAAUAAGUCAAUGAUAAAAUUCUUUCGAAAAUGAAAUAAAUUGCAAUUUUUAGGAAAAAUGAUCAAAGUGAUAUCAGAGGUAAGUUUUUAUUCUCUGACAAUCCAUGUAUCUAUUUAUUAAUAAGCAAGCCAAGGAAAUAGCAUCUAUUGGAAAUAGCUUAAUGAAAUUAUGUCUAGAUUGCAUUAAAGUUUGGGCUUUUUGGUAUCCUUAGAGCAAUUUUAAAGUUGUUUAUGAUGAUUUAAUUGUCUAAGGUGUCACAUUUCCAGCAAAAUACACUUACUUUAAAGAAUAUAAUGAUAAUCCAUCAUCUUUAAAUUAAUCACUUAUUCUAUCAUCUCACUCAUCUAAGGAGUAACCUUUAAAACAAUCUAUUCCUAAUUAAAAAACACAAAUAGAUGGAUAAUAGUUAUUAUAACAAAUUAACUUUGAGAUUGAAAAUCUAAUUAAUAUAGUAAAAGAUUAAGAAUCAAAUGAAACAGUUAAUAAUUUAAAUCUAAUAAUAAAACAUAAUUUAGAUCAAUGUAAUGGAUAAAUAGAGUAGGUUUUAAUACAUAUUAUUGACUCUGGUGAGGAACAUUUAAUUAAUGAUUUAAUAUCCAAAUAAGAAAUUGUUAGCCAAAUUAAACAAGAUUAUGAAGAUUAUCUUAUAAAAAAACUUGAUUGGAGUAAACUUGGUUAGAAAUUUAAUAGAUUUUCUUCAUUAACUUAAACUCCUGAACCUAAUUAAAUAAAUAUAUCUUCAUAUUAAAAAUAGCAACCAAAUCAAUAAUAAGCAUAAUCUAUUUAAUAACCUGUUAAAUCGAAAGCUGAUCAAGUUCUGUCUGUUAUCCGAGAAGAAACUAUUUAAGAUGCUGAUCAAUUAGAAAAAUCAAAACAAAAAGAGUCAGAUAUUCUUUAGGAGGACAAUAAAGUAAUAUUAAUACAGAAUAUUAGAUUUCAAUGAAAUAUUAGUCUCUAGUGUUAAAUUAGAAUGAAAAUAUUAAAACAGGUGCUUAAACAUUUCAAACAGAAUUAUAUAAAAAAGAUAAAUUACAAUAAGAAAAUAAAAAACAGAUCUAUAAAUCUUUAUCUGUGGAAGUUAAUGAUGAUAUUAAUUAGAAUGAAAUUUAAACUAAAAUUACUAAAUAAACAGAUUAUACAAACACUAAAUAAUCAAAAUAGACAAUAUAAAACCUUACUAAAAAUAUAGAAUAAUAGUCUCCAAAAGUUAUAGCUAAUUAAGAAUUAAGUAAUACCUAAGCAAACCAAAAAUCUUUAAAUUCAACAAUACUCUAUAAAACUAUUAAUAAUUAGAUAUAAACUAAUCAAAAAGAUUAAAAAUAAAAUUAAGAAGAUAAGGAACUAAAAAAUAAAAAAAAUAGUGAUAAUGAUUAAGAAGAACAAAAAUCAUUAAUAAAGAACAACGAAAAGGAAAUUAAAAUUUAGUAAUAAUAAUAGUAAUAAUAAUAAUAAUAAUAAUAAUAAUAAUAACAAUAACAAUAACAAUAACAAUAAUAAUAACAAUAAUAAUAAUAAUAAUAAUAGUAAUAAUAAUAAUAAUAAUAACAAUAAUAAUAACAAUAAUAAUAAUAAUAAUAAUAAUAAUAAUAAUAAUAAUAACAAUAAUAAUAAUAAUAAUAAUAAUAAUAAUAAUAAUAAUAAUAAUCAUAAUCAUAAUAACAAUAAUAAUAAUAAUAGCAAUAAUAAUAAUAAUAAUAGUAAUAAUAAUAACAGUAAUAAUAAUUAUUAUUAUCAUAAUAGUAAUAAUAAUCAGAAGAUUAUUAAAAUUCAAAAAAAAAUAAUUAUGAUGAAAAAGUUAAUCAACUAAAAUCUGGAUUAAAAAUUGAAGGAUUUGAUUAAAUUUAUAGUUUUUCUUAAAGAUAAUAAAACCUCAAUGAAAAAAAAAAUGGAAAUUUAAACCAAAUAGAUGCUUAAGUUAAAUUAGAAGGCUAAAUUAAUUAAAUUUAAGAAACUUAUAUUAAGUAAAAGCAAAUAUAAAAUUUUAAGUAAGACUAAGCAAAUAAUAGUUCAAGAAUUUCUUAACCUUCCUUAAGUUUAAGUUAAGUAUCCUAAAGAAAGUUAGAAUAAUCUUAACAAUAACAUAGAAGCUCUUCAUAAAAGCGAGAAAAUUAUCAUGUAAAUGACAAAAUAGAAAUAGAACUUUUAAAAGAAGAAAAUCAAAGAUUAAAAUAAUAAGUUACUUAGAUUAUAGAAAAAUAUGAAAUCAAAUAAUAAUAAUAUUCUUAAGAAUUAUAAGAUAAAAUUAAUGAGAUUUCUAAUUUAAAAUAGAUUGUAUAUGAAAAGAAUGAUAAAGUUGAUAGUAACAAUUAAUUGCUAAAAUAAUUCUAAGAAUAUUAAAAACUUUAAUUAGAUUACUAAACUCUUGACUACAAACAUAAUUAAUUAUAAAAACAAUAUGAUAAUCUAUAUUAAUAGCAUGAACAGAUUUUGAAUGAAAUGUAAUUAAAAUCAAAAUAGAUUGCCUUAUAAAGUAAAGAAAUCUAUGAUUUAAAAUAAAAUAAGUAAUAAGAAUUUGAAAUUAAGAAGAGAAGUGAAUCAGUAGGUUAAUACUCAAAAACAGCUUAGCAAUUUCAUCCAUAUAAUUCGAACUUAAAAUAAAGUUUGUAUGAUUAACCUAUUUUGACAGAAAGUUAAAAAAGAAUUAUUUUUCCAUUCACAAAUCCAUUUGAAUAUUAUAGAGAUCGUUUAAAAAAUAAUUAAAAAGGCAUGAUUUCUGCUUCUUAUUCUGAAUGGUAGAACUUGAAUUUAGACAAUUAAAAUAUUGGAUAUUUAAAAUAAUCAAUUUUAUCUAAUUAAUCCUUACUAUUUACAUGUAAAUAAUUGGAAAUUGGAUGUAAAUUAGAUAAAUUUAAUGAAAGAAAAAUGAUAUUACAUCUAUUUUUUUUAAAUUCCAAUAAAUUAUCAGGUUUUAAAAUGGAUUUAAAUUUUUAAUUUGUUAAUGAAAUAUCAACUGGAAUUUAAAAGAGAUAGUCGAUUUAAUUAUAUUAAGAUUCUUCUGAAGAUCAAGUAAUUGAAUUUAAUAUUAAUUAAUUUCCUUUUGGAAUUUCUUUUGUAAACAUAAAAAUUUAAACAACAAAAACAAUCAAUUACAAAUGUUAUUUACCGAUUUCACUGUUUAGUUGCUUUAAAUUUAUAAGUUUAUCUUUAAAAGAAUAUUAGAUAUAUUGGCAAACAGUAAAAAAUUAUGUAAUAAGAAGUCAAGAAUUUGAAUACAAUUUCAGUUGGGUGAGCAAUGUAUUCAGUAAGAAUAUUUUGGUUUUAGAAUUGAAUAGUCAUAAAAAAAAGGAGUUUUUAGCAGGUAUUGAUGAAAUUAAAUAUGGAUCAAUAAUAUAAUGUGAUAAUUCAAAUUAUUUAGUAAGAUAUAUAUUAUAGCCAAAUAAUAAAAUGUUAAUUUAGAUAUGCCAGUUGAAUGGAAAAUAGAAUAUAUCAGAAUAAAUCUUAAACAUUUUAGUUUUUAUACUUUCUGUUUGA